AACUGAACCCUUCAUCGUCUCAACUUCUCUUAUUGGCUUCACUCUGCCCACAGCCCUCUCUCUUUUACUUUCCUUCUCUUCUCCAACUUCCUUCUCAGAUUACAUGGCAACUUCUCAGGUUGAUGCAGAGCAAGCAGAGAAAUCGGUACAGGAAUUGCCAUCCUACGAGGAAAAGAAAUCAUCCGCAGGAACCGAAGAAGCUGAGGUGGUCAUUCCCGGAGACGGGGAAGAAGAAGUUGGGGUGAAGGGUAGUGACCAAUCGAAGGAGAAAAGCCCUGCAGAGACAGAGGAAGAAGAGGAGGAGCUGUGGCCGCCGGCAGAGCACCAUUCCCCAAUUACCGGCGACGGUGAAGAUACCGAGGAGGCCGAGGGGACGGCAGCCGCCGUGCCUACGUUUGAUGAUGAAGAGGACGAGAAAGAUGAGGAAGAAGAUGAAGAUGACAUGAUCUGAUCUGAUCUGAUCUGAUGAGUUUGAAGGACCCAACAAGUAUGUGGAUGGGAUGUGGUUGUGCUAUACCUCUGCAGAUUUCAUUGCUCUGCUUUCUAGCUUUAUUUGUGUUUCUGCUUUGAUUAGAGUCUUGGGAACUAAUAACUCGAUGACAUGGUUGUGAUGGUUUGGUGGCCAGUUUGUAUCAAUUUCAGUUUACUUACUACUACUGCUGCUGUACUGUUCCAGGAAUUGGUUAAAGCUUUGCUUUUGAUUUGGCUUUCUUGUUUCGGUUUUCAUGAGGUUAUUCCUUUGGUUUAAUGAAUGAGUUGAGAAGUUUAGGCCCUGUUCACUUUUAUUUUCGUUUCCUAUUUUCUGUUUUCAUGUCAUAAAUUUGACAACUGAAAUAAGAAAACUUGUUUACUUUUCAUUAUGUUUUCUGUUCGUUUC